AUGGGUUACUUUCAAGCAGCGAUGGUGAAGAUGGGGAUGGCUCAACCUGGACCUAAAAUAACAGCUCAGGACCGGGCUAUUUUGGAUCUUAAAUUACAGAGAGAUAAGAUGAAACAAUAUCAGAAGAGGCUGCAAGUUGUCUUGAAUCGGGAGCAGGAAAUAGCUAAAGAAGCUCUAAAAGCUGGUAAUAAGACACGAGCACUGACUGCUCUUAGACAAAGAAAGUAUCAAGAGCAGCUAUUAUCAAAGACGGAUGCUCAAUUGAUGACUCUGCAAGAACUCGUCAGCACUAUUGAAUUCACUCAGAUCCAAAAUACUGUAAUGCAUGGUCUUGAAAUGGGCGCAGAUGUACUGAAACAAUUACAUGCCGAGAUAUCAUUAGAGAAAGUGGAAAAAUUGAUGGAUCAAACUAGAGAAGGUGUAGAAUAUCAACGAGAGAUCGACGAAGCGUUGAUGUCACGUAUGUCUCCCGAAGAAGAAGAAGCCGUUCAAGCGGAAUUGGAACAAUUACAACGAGAAGCACUUCCUUCAAUACCAUCUGUACCGGAAACACAGCCUAUAUCGCUACCAGAUGUUCCUGUGGAGGAGCCUACUACCGCUCAACCAGUUACAGAAUCAAUCGCAAAGCGAGCCGAAAGGAAGGAAGAAAGGGUUGCGAUGGCAGCAUAG